AUGUCUUCUCUCAGGACUGUUAUAAACAACUCCAUCAUCAUUCAUCCUCCAGGCUUCUACAUCAUCGGAUUUGAGUCAUUGCCCUACAUUGAUAUCUACAUUAUCUUUCUUGCAUUUCUUUAUGUGGUUUCACUGGUGUUCAAUAUUUUACUGAUCUACAUAAUCGCACGGGACCACUGCUUACACACUCCAAAAUUUCUUGCCGUUGUCAACCUUGCAGUAGUUGAUGUUAUCAUAAACACGAGCAUUAUUCCCGGCAUGAUUAAGGCAUUCCUCUUGAAAGACAACUUUGUUCCAUUUAACUUGUGUCUGUUACAAAUGUUCAUUUACUAUGCAGGUAUAUCUAUGGAGUCAUAUGCACUUGCUGUUCUUGCCUACGACAGGUUGAUUGCAAUAUGCUGUCCUUUGCGUCAGAACAUAUUCAACACUGUGGCAAUCAUGUCUUGUAUCAUAGGUGUGACUUGGGUUUACAAUCUGGGGAGAGUGGCAUACAGCACGACCAUUAUGACUCGGCUGUCUUUUUGCAAUUCUGUCAAAGUGCUCAGCUACUUCUGUGACUAUGCACCUGUGUUUAGACUCGCCUGUAAUGAUUACACAAUGCAGUGGUCUGUAGCUUCAGCUUCGAGUAUGGUGAAUCUGGUGGCCCCUUUUACUUUCAUUGUUCUGUCUUAUGCAUGCAUCCUGAUCACUGUGUUCAGGAUGAAAUCAGUGAGCAGCAGGAUGAAAGCUCUCGCCACUUGCAUUGAGCACCUGGUUCUUGUUGCUGUAUUUUACAUCCCUAUAUUCAGCAUUUUCUUACUGGGACUUUAUGUGCGGGCCAUCGACCCCGACCAGCGUGUUCUGAGCCUGUCACUGGCCUCUUGCAUCCCACCCUGCAUAAAUCCUGUUGUAUAUUCUUUAAAAACUAAAGACAUCAAAAUCAGAGCCCUGGCAAUGGUCCAUAGAGGGAAAGUAAGGCCAUGA